AUGACGAGGUGGGAUUGCGACGUCAGACUCCACAGGGGUGUACCGUGCUCUUUCCCUGCCUUUCACGGGUGGCCUGACGCGCGACAGGGGUUGUUGGCCGACGGUCUGGUUUCCUUCGUGUUUUGCCCGGCGUGUCACCAGUGGAUCUCCGGGCACCAUUGCUGUCACUCCGAAUCUCCUGAAUCCGGCCUGGACGAUUCCGGUUCCACCUGUUCGAGCGAUUCAAGGGAUUGGAGCAGUCGUUCCGAGUAUGUUGUAUGCUCGGAUGACACGCCAGAUACCUAUUUUUGUCACGCUUGCAAGGGGCGCAUUCAUCUCACAUACCUCAAGGAGAUAAAAGCAUGGGUUUACCGGGAAUGCGUUGAGCACAAGGGUGAAAUCAUGCACAAGACGUGUCGUGACGUAGGUCGUGAAAAGUUCCCCGAUUCCCCCGGUUCCACCGGUUCCAAUGGUUCCACCCGCUCGAAGGACCCAGACGUGUACGUCGUAUGCUCGAACCAUGCGCCAGAUACCUACCACUGUCACUUGUGCCAGGAUCGCAUUCAUCUCCAGUAUCGUCACGAGAUAGAGGAAUGGGUUUAUCGGGACUGCGUUGAGCACGAUGGUGAAAUCCUACACAAGGCGUGUCGUGACCUAGUUUUCGGCGAUUCCAGCGGUUCCAGCGGUUCCGGUGGUUUUGGAAGUUCCAGCGGUUCCGGUGGUUCCAGCGGUUCCGGCGGUCCCGGAGUUUCAGGUGGUCGCAGCGGCCACAGCGAACCCUUGGUUGAUUCGGAAGCAGGCGUGUAUGUGGUAUGUACGGAACGCGACUCUGCGAGUUCCCGGUGUCGCCUGUGCUACGAGCGUGUGCAUCUCAAGUUCCUUCAAGAGAUAGAUAAAUGGGUUUAUCGGGACUGCGUAGAACUCGACGGUGAGAUCGUACACAAGGUGUGUCGUAACCUGGCUUUUGAUUUGUGA